UUGGUAUUAACCUAUAACUUCAGUUGUCAAACUGACAGGUAAAUCAAAAUCAAUUGAAUUUCAAAUAAGAAAUCUUAGGGCUUAUUUCUGAGAACAAAGUUUACAUUCAUGUAUCAAAAUUAUGAGGUAAUUUAAAGCAUUUCUAGAAGAAUAAAACUGGGGGGUGUUUAGUUGAACAAUCAAUUGGGCUGUGAAAACAAUCAUUCAUAAUGGCAGGAAAAAAUUUGAAUUUUUCACGCAACAAUCCCAGAUCCUAUGAAGAGGGUGAAUUGUAUAAUACAAGCAGGGGAUACAAUUAUGGCUAUGACGUUGAAGAUGAAUUCCUGAGAACACAAGAGGAAUAUCUGAAUACUAGGUUGCGAACCCCUCACUCCCUAUAUUCUCAAAGAACGUCUCCUCAUUAUAUGAGUCCAAAUGCCGAAGAGGUCAGUUUCAAGAGAUAUGUAGCUUCAGGAGUAUCUUUUGUCAGCUUGGUUGCUGAGAACAUAUUGUGCCAUCCAUUUUUAGUAUUACGUAGACAAUGUCAGGUACAUCCCUCAUCGCUUAAGUACCAUCUUCUACCAUUUACAUUAAUCCCAUCUGUCUAUCAUUUACACCAACGUCAAGGAUUGACUAUAUUGUGGAAAGGACUUGGUUCUGUUCUUCUCGUCCGAGGAAUAUCUUUAGGGGUAGAAGAUUUGAUAGCAAGAGUUACACCAUGGCCAGACACAAUCACUAUGCACAGUGGAUUGAAGCAAUUUUUCCAACACCUUAUGUUGAAAUGUGUUAGCCUGGCAAUUGUUACCCCAUUUUACUCUGCUUCGUUUGUUGAAACUGUACAGAGUGAAAUAGCAAGUGAAAAACCUGGAAUACUUGAUGUAUUCAAAGAAGGUUUUAUCAGGUUGCUCAGCUGGAAUGAUGGACCCAAAGGCAGAUUGAUUCCCAUUUGGGCACUUGUUCUUCCGACAGUAACACUAGGUUUGGCCAAGUAUCUGUUUUCCCUUAUGAUAAAAAGUGCAAGUUCAAAGAUACUCCUGGCCAAGGUCAAAUACGAACAUGAAACUACUGGAGCCCUGCCAAGAAUUUCAAGUGAAACACAAGAUAUCAAUUUGUCUGCUUCUAUAAUUUCUUUGAUUGCAAGUGAUAUAGUUUUUUAUCCUUGUGAAACAAUCGUUCAUCGAUUACAUUUACAGGGAACACGAACAAUCAUCGAUAAUCUAGAUAAUGGUAGUUCAGUUCUUGCUGUUUUAACAAACUAUACUGGAGCUGCAGAUUGUUACGAACAAUGUCUAGCAUCUGAAGGGGUCUUUGGACUUUACAAAGGAUUUGGAGCACUAUUAGUGCAGUAUGCCCUGCACAUAGGCCUGGUUAAGUUUACCAGGUUUGUCUUCACGGAAAUUGGUUCCAUGAUGAGUAAACCCAAAUCAUCACCUCCUCCAACUAUGCAAGAUAUUUCCCCACCAGCAUUGGCAAAUUUGUCAACAGUUAGCAAAUCCUAUUUAUUACCAUAGUGUUAACAAAUAGUAUUUCCCAUUGAGUAAAUAUUUUGUUGUGUUUGUUAUUUAUGCAGAUAUGUAUAUAAUUUAGGAGGUAUAUCUUUGUUGUAAGUUUGUAAUAUCUUGAGGAAAUGAUAAAUUUGA